CCACAACUCAACAUUAACGCUAUACGGGAAAACUUGGAAAGAGCAAAGGAUUUCGUAAGGAUUGAGAGCCAACCUCACAGCACAAAACUCCCUAAAAUCAACUUCUUUUAUUUGAUCCUAUCACCAAUUUUAACGUCAUGGACCGAGAUGGCAAUGCUUCCCCGCCAACAAAAGAUCGGCCUCUCCUCCUCAGCACUCCUACAACACGAGUGAUCAGAACGUUUGAGGAAAUUAGAAUUCCGGUGAAGACUGAAGAAGUGUACCCCGAGCUUGAAUGUGCGAUAUGCUCCCACAUCCUGGGUGCCGCUCAAUCCCUGGUCCCGUGUGGGCACUCCUUCUGUGGACCGUGUGCCUGGAAAUGGAUCAAAACUAACAAUAGUCGUGCUACAUGCCCUCAUUGCCGUAUUGAAAUCUCCAUGACGGAUCCCAUCGUCCCUAACAUCGUCGUGGACCAGAUUGUGGAUCGCAAACUCCAAAAGCUCGAGCACGGCUUGGAGAAAGAAGCAAUGCUGCUUGAUCGACAAGAGAAGCUGCGCGAAUGGAAGGAUCUUCAGCCCCAGCUAGAGCAUUUCCGAAGACAUAUCCGGACAUCUCGUAUAGUAAGGGGGGUUGAUACUGUUCUGCCUAACAUCGGCGAGGACUCAGGAGAGCCCCAGAUAAAUCCACGUAGAGCCUCUCGCAACUUCGCGGAACUUGGGGCGCCCAUAGAUUUAGGUGUUUCAGCACCCACCAUUGAAGAACUCAUUGGUCAAUCUCCCUCUAGAAGGUCACAAUCUUCGGCUGAGUUCCACAGCGAAAUGAGAGAAAGGCAACGGAGAGCAUUGUCGCAAUUUCUUCAAACAGGUACAGUUGGCGAAGUCGAAUCAAACGGUAUCCAAGAGCCUCCCAGGACGCGAACAAGCCGGGCAGGAGCCAUGGCUGCAGAGACCCGUUCACGUCACCGAGAACGUCCGUACCCGGACAGCCAUCCUCCGGUUCCGCCCUAUUCAACUUCACCCAGCAUGCGUCGACAACCCAGGGGAAGGGGGGAUGGCGGAACUCGAGAGGAUCCACAGAUAGUCCCGUCGGAUAGCGAAUAGAUAAAUGGGACAUUAUUCUCCUCGAAGGAACUAUACCUCGGGUUUAUUCUAUUUUUUGUAUUGCAGCAUCUUUACUUUGUAGCUUUUUUAUCUGAAACCUAGAUCCUGAACGAUUCGAGCCAGCGGCUAUGCAUAGAUGAUGU